GAAAGAGAAGGGGUUUCUUUGUGAACAGGAAUUGAUUUUUUUGACUGUUUGGGCAUUCAUGGGUCUUGCUCAAGCUUCCAUUUCGGACUUUGUUGUUUGUUUGAUUCUGAGAAAGUUUUAGAAAGAGCAAGAGAGGAAAGAGAACAAAUAACUAUUUAGAGAAGUAUUUUUAGGAUUGGUUUUGACAUUUUUUGUAGAGGUAUAGGGUCAUUCUUGGUUGGUUUGCUUACUUGGAGAGAUGGGAUCUUUUCCUGGGCAUGUUCUUCCAGGGACAUUGUUCCUUUUGGUUGGUGUAUGGCACAUAUGGAGUUCUGUGGUCAGAUAUGCUUCAAAUCCGAAAACAUUUCGUGUUAAGGUUUGGAACCCUGUUCCGGGUUUUGAUGGAAGGCUCAAGUACUUGGAGCUAUACGUUAUAGCAAUUGGAGGUUUUAUCGAUAUGUGUAUAGAACUUCUAUAUUCCACUCACCUCAAGCUUGUUGUUAAUGGGGUCUUGAACCCCACUCACAUGAAUAAUUUUGAGCAUGGAGGAAUGCUUCUCAUGUUCUUCAUCUUCGGAGUCAUCACUCUGCUCUCUGAGAAAACCAGCUUUCUUCCCCUGCCAGAAGGAGCUUUAUGCUUGAUUGCAGCCACAGCAUUUUGUGCAGAGUAUUUCUUGUUCUACUUCCAUUCAACUACCCAUACAGGCCUUGAGGGGUACUACCACCUCAUCCUUGUCCUCCUCAUAGGCCUCUGCAUUUUGUCCAUCAUUGCUGGAGCCCUCAUGCCAACCAGCUUCCCUGUUGACUUGUGUAGUGGUAUUGCUAUAACACUCCAAGGCCUCUGGUUCUAUCAGACUGCAUUCACUUUAUAUGGCCCCAUGAUGCCAGAGGGUUGCCAGCUCAAAGGAAAUGAUGUCGUAUGUCCCUUAAUGGACAACCAAAUCCGAGGCGAGUUGCUUGCUAGCUUCCAGCUAUUUUAUCUUGUUCUUGGUGUCCUUGUGGGGGUUGUGGCAUCAUAUGGUUUUGCAGCUUCAAGAUUUGGGCAUUCUGAUCUUAAAAGUUUGCACACAUCUGAGCAUGGUUUAGAUCAGAAUUAGCAUAGGUUAUGCUCUUUUUUUUUUUACCUCGUAUUCUAUUCAUUUAUAGUGGUAGAAGGCUUCUAUAUGUGAUCUUACUUUGGUUUUCAUGCCAUUUUGAGGUAACUUUGCAAGCAGUUUAAAGGUAAUGUCAUUCUGCAGAACAAUUUUCCUUUUUUCUUUUUCAAUGUGCCAGACAGAUAUGUGUAUUUUAUAGUGUUCAAACUUGUGUUGGUGCAAUUACACGAUGG